UUAGGCGAUGGAGUUUGAUUUUAGCUAAGCAAUUAGGGUUUCAGAAGAGAAUUUGUGGAUUUUGGUGAUAGAAAAAUGUUGAGGAGAAACGUGAGGUUAAGGAGAGAGUAUCUGUACCGUAAGAGCUUGGAAGGGAAGGAGCGAUUGCUCUAUGAGAAGAAGCGCAAAAUUCGCGAAGCUUUGGAAGAGGGAAAACCGAUUCCUACUGAGCUCAGGAACGAGGAGGCCGCCCUCCGACAGCAAAUCGACCUCGAGGAUGAACAAACUGCUGUUCCCCGAUCAAGCAUUGAUGAUGAAUAUGCAAAUGCAACUGUCAGUGAUCCUAAAAUUUUGCUUAUCACUUCACGGGAUCCGAGUGCUCCCCUUGCGCAGUUUGUAAAGGAAUUGAAGUUUGUUUUUCCAAAUGCACAGCGUAUGAAUCGUGGUGGUCAGGUUAUCUCGGAAAUCAUUGAAACAUGCCGGUCACAUGAUUUUACUGAUGUGAUAUCGGUACAUGAAACCCGCGGUGUGCCAGAUGGCAUAGUCAUAAGCCAUCUACCUUUUGGCCCCACUGCAUACUUCCGAUUACACAAUGUGGUUACGAGACAUGAUAUCAAGGACAAGAAAGCUAUCGGAACUAUGUCUGAGGCCUACCCACAUUUGAUAAUUAAUAACUUUAACUCUAAGCUUGGUGAGAGGACUGCGAACAUUUUAAAGCAUCUUUUUCCAGUACCCAAACCAGACUCGAAACGUGUCAUGACUUUUGCUCGUGAGCCUCAGUCUGAUUGGAUUUCAUUCAGGCAUCAUGUCUAUGAGAAACGCGGAGGUCCAAAAUCAGUUGAACUGAAAGAAGUUGGUCCUCGUUUUGAAAUGUUUCUCUUCAAGAUAAAACUGGGAACGAUGGAUCAAGAAGAAGCUCCGAUAGAAUGGGUCCACCGGCCUUACAUGAACACUUCCAAAAAACGCAAGUUUCUGGGCGAUUGAUCAGAGUUUUAGGGACUAUGAAGCUUUACUACAUUUGUUUGUUUGUCUAAAUGGGUGGUUACUAUAGAGCAAACAUUCAUCACUAGCAAGUUUUUCAUGUAUGGAAUUCUGUUACAAGUGUGACAAGUAUAAAUAUUAUUGCUAUUGGUAA